UAUUCUUCUCUUUGCAGCCUCACUCUCACAUUCCCUCUUUGCCGUAGAAGCGUUUCACUGUUCACCGCCAAACUCCGUGUAUGCAUCUCCGACAACAACCAUGGGUUACUUCGAUCUCAACAUUCCCUAUCCCCAACCCUCACUCUCCAACAAGGUUGCCGAACAAAGCAACCGCACCAGGCUUGCGGUGAAGGCCAUGGAGUUGGGUUACACCGGAAUCGCUUACAACCGCACGAUCAAAGGCGUCAUGUCUGAUCAGCACCGUUGCUCCAUUGCCCCCCUCACCCUCUCCUCUCUCCUCAACGUUCUUCCCUCUCUCUCCCUCUCCGCCAGUCUUCACCGCUCCAUCCUCGGAGUUCCACUCUCUACUCCCUUCCGUCAGUACACGCGUCUCACCGUUUGCGUAGACAGCGCUACCCAGGCCCAGGCCCUCAAUUCGGGGAACCCCAUUUUGAAGACCUACGAUCUCGUCGCUGUUAAACCCUUCAACCAGACCGCGUUUGAUCUUGCGUGUCAGACCAUGGAGGUGGAUAUUAUCUCGAUUGAUUUUUCAGCUAAAUUGCCGUUUAGAUUGAAGCAGCCUAUGGUUAAAGUAGCAAUGCAGCGUGGGAUUUGUUUUGAAGUCACGUAUUCUGGUUUGUUUGCUGAUAUUCAAAAAAGGAGACAGUUAAUUUCCAGUGCUAAGUUGUUGAUGGACUGGACUCGGGGACACAACAUUGUAUUUUCAAGUGCUGCUCCUACUGUGAAUGAGCUCAGAGGACCUUGUGAUGUUGCCAACUUGUUGUCAUUGUUUGGACUCUCCAAGGAACGGGCUAAUGCUGCUAUUUCUAAAAACUGUAGGAUUCUUUUAGCUAAUUCUUUAAGAAAAAAACGAUUUUAUAAAGAGGCAAUAAGAGUAGAAGUUUUAUCAACAGAUGCAACAUCUCAGUCCAAGGAAGAUCGGUAUCAAGAGUUACUACAGUGGGAUCCUAUCUCCAGUGGUGAAGGUGAUAUCAUGUUGAAUGACGUGCACAAAUCUUCUUUGGUCUCUUGUAAAGCAUCGAAAACUGAAAAAGCCAUUGACUUUACUUCAGUGGUCAACAGCCUUCCAUCUAAUGGUUUUGAAAUAAGGAAUAUCUUACCUGCAAACAAUGUUUUACCUGUCUGUUUAGGCAAUAAAGUAAACUCCCCACCUGUUACCCAAAAGCUAGAUCAGUCAGCAACUGUACCUAACAGCUUCACUGAGAAGUCCAACAUACUUGAAACUUGUGAGCAAGAUGAAAACUCCUUAUCAGAUGAUAUAACUAAUAGUUACAGUUUGAGCCGUGAUGAUAUUUUUGAGAAAAAUAUGCAUAAUGGAGUAUCUGAUGCUGUCAAUUUUACGGAGAUGAACAUUCCGAUGGCUGUUGACUCUAUCUUCGUCGAUGAUAAAAUAAACUUCCUUCCGGUUGUCAGAAAAAUUAAUCAGUCAACUCCUGUGCAUAACAACUUAACAGGGCAACCUGAUAAGUUUGAUGUUUGUCCUGAGCAAGGUAAAAUCUCCCAAUCACAGAAACAAAGUGAAGAACUUUUGGAGAAAAAUAUACACAGUGGAACUACCAAAGCUUUCAAUUCUAUGGAGAUGGACAUUUCGACAAAUGCCACAAAUGUUGGUGUCGUCCUGUUUGAAACAAAAGCAUUUGAUUCAGAAUCAAACUUAAGCAUCUCAAGCAGUACAUUGAAUCCUCUAAAACCACAUGAAAACGAUAAACUUUCUGGUUCUUCACAAGAGGCACAUGAUAUUGUUCAUGAAGUAGAAAUCUUUGAUAAUAUUAUUCCUGCCCCAAUUUAUGAUAAACGCUAUAAUGACAAAAGUUCUGAUAUUAAUUUAAAUGAGGUUGGCAAGAUUCAUGCAGCUUUGGCAAAUGAAGAUUUAAAAACAUCUAUUUCUGAUACUUCGAUGGAGGAGGGUAAACAGUUUGUCAAAAGGCAUGAGACAGUUGAACACGAGAAGCAACAGCUGAAAUCUUAUGAUGAGAUGGAAAUGGAAGAUAAUUUCAAAGCUGCCGGCCAUUUAAGUCCAGAUGUUGUAAUGAAAGAUAAAGAGUUCGGUGAAGUGAUCACCGAAUCGGAUCAAUUAGCCCCAGUUCAUCGUGUAUUAGGUGCAUUGAAAAAGAAGCGAAGGACACAUCGGGGACUACCUUUAUUCCCCUUCAAGAGAUUGCUAAAUCCAACUGCCUUUAAGAGGAAAGUUAAAGAAAGCAAGAGCAGAACUAAGCUGAACUAGAUACACUGUCCGUUCUUUUGGUAUCAGAAGAAAUGAAAAGAUUGCACGCUGUCACUGUUAGAGGUGACAAGGCAAUGCAGCUUCUGGACAGUGGAUUGAAGGUGAAGGAAUAUGAAUUUUUGCGAAGAAACUUCAGUGAUACUGGGUGCUUUGGCUUUGGUAUUCAAGAGCAUAUUGACUUGGGAAACAAGUAUUUAUGGGAUGGAUUUCUUCUUCGUUUUGGAGCGCCCUGGCUAUUGUGUUGGCCACCACCGUUGAAGUCUCGUGUUGGGAUCCAGCAUCAUACUACCAGGAGGAUGCUACGAAGUGGUUCCAGGUGAAAUAGGAAUGUGUCAUCCUCAACAAAUGUUUGAUUAAAUUAGCUAGUUGUUUUGAGGAGUUUACAAGUUUUGUUAUUUUAAAUUCGAUGUUUCUUCAUUUAAAUAGCUUGAAUUACUGGAAUAUUAAUGCGAGUGGAAAUAUGAGGUGUUUACAA